AUGGCCGUAAAAUCCAUCCCAAACGACAUAUUCCAAUACUCCCUCCACAGCGCCUGGACCUCCGGCCUCCGCGACGGCGGACCCCCCGUGGCCUUCCUAACAAACCACGGCAACCACGGCAUCGGCUACUUCGAAGACGAAGAAUCCGAAAUGAUCCAGAUCGAUUCCGUCGCAUACAGCAUAUCUCCCUCCGGCGCCAUCACCCCAGCCGACAAGGAAGAGCAACUCCCCCACGUCCUUGUAACAAUAUUCCAACCCACCAAACGCACAAAAUGCCCGCCCUCGUCAACGUCAAAAGACAUCAAGGCGAUGUUUGAGAGUAAUAAGAAUACCCCGAUGCCCUUUAGGAUGAGGGGGAGUUGGAAGUAUAUCAACACGCAGCAGGCGACGUAUUGGGACGUGAAGGGCACGGUUUUCGGAUUUGCGAUACCCGGGUGGCAGAAGAGUGUGAGUGGGGAGGGGUUGGUCUGUGGGUUUUUGUCGGAGGAUAAGAAGCAAGGGGGGCGGGUGAUAGAUUUUGAGACGGGGAGUGAGGUGGUGUUGGAGUGGGCGAAGUGUGGGAGAUUUCAUUUGGGGUUUCCGCAGGAUGAGGAGUUUGAGGAGUUGAGGUUAUAG